UUAUGAGUUUUAAAAAUAAUUUGUUGAAAUUAAAAAUUUAAUCAUUCAAAAUUAACUAACGAGUUAAGUUGAAAGUUAUUAACUUUUCAUGUUUUUAUUAAAUUUUUUAACUAGCUACUACUUUCUUUCAACUCUUUGUAUUAUACAAUAUUUUGAAAAUGACUAGUUGAAAUUAAAAAUCAAUGUAUUUAAAAUUAAUUACAAGUUAAAAGUUAUUAAUUUUUAAUUUUAUUAUUAUAAUUUUUUAACGCGUUACUAUCCCAUCAUAGCUUAUAAUACCAAAAAGAAGCUUAUAAAUAUCAUGUCGAGAGUCGAAGAACGCGACGAGCAGGAGGCCUUAAAAUUGGACGAACAUUUUAAGCGAACUUUGACGCAUAUUAGAACGUAUGUAUUGAACCUGAACUCUGUGGAAGAAACUCAUUUAUGCGGGAUCUGGCUCGAAAAGUUAAACUCGACUAUUUUACAACGUAAUUUGAGAAAUGAGUAUUUAUUAGAACUCUCUCGACAAUUAAAAGCAGGCACGCUUGCAGGAAUAUUCAAAACUAAACCGCCUAAUGACCUUUUGAUGCCGCUACCAUCAUUUUAUCACGCGGUUUGCAUUAGUUCAUCUUUGAACGAGUUAUCUGAACAUGAUAGAAGUCAUCAGAAUUGUGUAACAUCAAGUCGGAAAUUAGACCAAAGAAGCGGUCUGCGAAAUAAAUUGAAAAUUUAUGAUUAUAAUUCGAGCGCGAAUGCGUACUUUGCGUGUCGUCACAAUGGCAACACGACAGACAAAAAUCACUUAAAAUUUUACAAAUAUCGCAUCAACAUGUUAACCACCAAGCUCGAAAAUCUACAGAUUCAAAACGAGCGAUUAAAAAAAGAAUUAACAAAAUGUCGAGGAAACACGGUGGACAACGAGGCAUCUCGAUUACGGAAUCGCGUUGGACAGCUGACCACUCAAGCACAAACGCACAGUCUUGCGUGGAAAGUUCGAGUGCUCAAGAAAACCAUUGCGAAGUUGAGGAAGCUGAAUGAUACCGUAAAACAUGUUUAUGAGAAGAAGUUGCAGCAUAUUAUCAGAGUAUUAAAAAUACAUGAAGAAAUUAUUCUAUUUCUUUAGAAAUUUUUAUCGAUAACAAUAAACUGGUUAACAAAAUUUGAUUUCUUUAUUACGAGUAUUUUAUUGAGUUUUUAUUCGUUAUCAGCACUACUAAUAAAAAUUGUUCGGUAUAUGAUAUAUUUUCAUUGUUGAUUAGUGUAACAUAGUCCAUCACAAGCAUCUUAAUUAUUUCUUGAAAUAUCCUUUUUUUUUUAAUCAAUUACACGAGAUGGAACUUUUAAUCUUCGUACAAUUUUACAGAAUAAAAAUCUCGAGAUCAAGAUUUUACAAUUACAAUUCCAAGAGCGGAAGAGCGAGUUUUGUACGUUUUUGUGUUCGGAGAAGCAGAACGAACUGUAUAGCUUAAUAGAAUCUUUAGAAGCGAAGUAUAAAAAACUUUUAAUAGCCGCUCUUGAAAAUCAACGACAAGAGUACUUUAUGAAAAUGAUCGAACUUGAAGCCGAAUUGUGCCGUUUGAGGAAUAAUAAAUCUGGAUCCAAAUCAUCAAGAUAAUUGUAAUGGCAUGUAAAAUACAUUUUAUCUUGCAAUCCUAUAUCGUUGUAGCAAUAAAAUGUUUACUAUUUUUUUCCUCUUUAUAAAAGAUA